GUGACCAUGGAGGAAGAAGAUGAGUCUCGAGGGAAAGCAGAAGAGUCAGGCGAGGACCGGGGUGACGGGCCACCCGACAGAGACCCCACGCUUCCCUCUUCUGCCUUCAUCCUGCGGGCCCUCCAGCAGGCCGUGGGGCGCUCCCUGCAAGGGGACCUGCCGAACGACAAAGAUGGUUCUCGGUGUCAUGGCCUUCGAUGGCGGCGCUGCCGGAGCCCGCGGUCAGAGCCCCGGUCCCAGGAAUCGGGGGGGACUGACACAGCUACUGUGCUGGACAUGGCUGCAGACAGCUUCCUUGCGGGGCUGGUGAGCGUCCUGGACCCCCCAGAUACCUGGGUUCCCAGCCACCUGGACCUGCGGCCUGGCGAAAGCGAGGACAUGCUGGAGCUGGUGGCUGAGGUCCGGAUCGGGGACCGGGACCCCAUCCCUCUGCCCGUGCCCAGCCUGCUGCCCCGUCUCAGGGCCUGGAGGACUGGCAAAACGGUUUCUCCACAGUCUCACUCCUCUCGACCUGCAUGUGCCCGCCACCUCCUCACCUUGGGCACCGGAGAUGGGGGCCCCGCCCCACCCCCUUCGUCGUCGUCGUCGUCCUCGUCCUCCCGGAAGGUGAAGCUGCAGUCCAAGGUGGCCGUGCUGAUCCGCGAGGGCGUCAGCAGCACCACGCCCGCCAAGGAGGCGGCGCCCUCCGGCCUGGGCUCCAUCGGAGUCAAGUUCAGCCGCGACCGCGAGAGCCGCUCCCCCUUCCUCAAGCCCGACGAGCGGGCCCCUGCCGAGGUGGCCAGGGCGGCGCCGGGCAGCACCAAGCCCAAAAAGACCAAGGUCAAGGCCAAGGCCGGGGCCAAGAAAGCCAAGGGGACCAAGGGGAAGACGAAGCCCUCCAAGACCAGGAAGAAGCUGCGGGGCGCCGGGGGCGCCGCGACGCUCAAGAAGUCCAAGGCGGACAGCUGCAGCCAGCCAGCGGGGGCCCAGGGGGCCGAGGAGACUUCCUGGUCCGGCGAGGAGCGGCCGGCCAAGGCGCCCAGCACCCCGCCCCCCAAGGCCGCGCCUCCGGCCCCUGCGCUCACGCCGGACUCGCAGACUGUGGACAGCAGCUGUAAGACCCCUGAAGUCUCCUUCCUACCCGAAGAGGCCCCCGAGGAGGCGGGGGUCCGAGGUGGGGCGGAGGAGGAGGACGACGAGGAGGAGGAGGAGGAGGAGGAGGAGGAGGAGGAGCAGCAACCGGCCACCACCACGGCCACCAGCACGGCCGCGGCCGCGCCCAGCACGGCCCCCAGCGCAGGGUCCACGGCCGGUGACUCGGGGGCAGAGGACGGGCCGGCCUCUCGGGCCUCUCAGCUGCCCACGCUGCCCCCACCCAUGCCAUGGAACCUGCCUGCUGGUGUGGACUGCACCACCAGUGGCGUCCUGGCCUUGACUGCACUUCUCUUCAAGAUGGAGGAAGCCAACCUGGCCAGCAGAGUGAAGGCCCAGGAGCUGAUCCAGGCCACCAACCAGAUCCUCAGCCACAGAAAGCCGCCCUCAAGUCUGGGGGUGACACCAGCUCCCGUGCCCCCCUCGUUGGGUCUGCCCCCUGGCCCUUCCAGCUACCUGCUCCCCGGAAGCCUCCCCCUGGGGGGCUGCGGCUCCACCCCUCCCACCCCCACCGGGCUGGCCGCGGCGUCUGACAAGAGGGAAGGCAGCAGCAGCUCCGAGGGACGAGGGGACACAGACAAGUACCUGAAGAAGCUGCACACGCAGGAGCGGGCAGUGGAGGAGGUGAAGCUGGCCAUCAAGCCCUACUACCAGAAGAAGGACAUCACCAAGGAGGAGUACAAGGACAUCCUGAGGAAGGCUGUCCACAAGAUCUGCCACAGCAAAAGUGGGGAGAUCAACCCGGUGAAGGUGAGCAACUUGGUGCGGGCCUACGUCCAGCGCUACCGCUACUUCCGCAAGCACGGCCGCAAGCCAGGGGACCCCCCGGGCCCCCCACGGCCACCCAAGGAGCCAGGGCCCCCCGACAAGGGUGGCCCGGGUCUGCCCCUGCCCCCUCUCUGAGAGCCCCGCCGCUCCCGCCCUCCGUUGCCGCCUCAGAAUUCUGGACGUAUUUAUGGCUCCGCCUCCCCACCUCGCUCCCCUCCGUGGGAUGAUUGGGGGGUUGCUGCGGGGAAGAGGAGGGCCCCUGCCCUGCCCGGCCCCAAGCCUAUCCCCCGGCCCUAGACCUGUUCCUACAGUCUUGCCCCUGUUCGUGCCCCCCAGUUUCAUUAAAGAUUUCAUGAAA